AUGGCCAGGCACGCGAAUCGCACGGCCAGCAAGAGAGCAAGAGGACGACGGCAUGGAACACGCAUCAUUGUUAUCAUAUCCAGCGCACGAACAGAUGAGCGGAGAGACAAUGAAGAGGGCGAAGGCGAGGGCAAGAGCAAGGCGGACGCCAGCACGCGGGAGACAUCCGUUCCGGCGCAGUUCCACGAGUUUGUUGGUUGGAGCGUCCAGACCCAACGGACCGACAGGAAGGAUGGCGACCUCAUCCGGGUCCAGAAGAACGCGUGA